CUGUGCACUCAAAAUUUUUACUGGCCUGGUUUGCCCACCCAUACAAAAAUGUUCAGAACCCACACGUUCAUGGAGAGAAAUCCACGAACGACCACAGACUGGGAUUCAAAACCAAGACCUUCUACUUUGAGUGAAAUGACUACAAUGCUACCAACUGCACCAUGCAGCUCAAUCCCAAGAUUCAAUCUAAGUUUAUUUUUUUUUGUAUCAUUAUAAGUGGCUCCCGUGUAGCCCCCCCCAGUCCCCCUUACAAAAUCUCUAGCGGCGCCCCUGCUCUCCUUUCUUUCGUCGGUGAGUGGCUUCACGAGUUCCCGGCUCAUCUUUCUCCCGCAUUCCUGAACUUCCUCAAAAGCAACCUUGUCUCUUUGCGUCGUCAAGCUGCAAGUGCAAACCGCUGCCAGUCGCCUAAAAUCGCAAAGUGCAGUGAAUAAACCGGCUCGGUUGAGUUUUUCUCGUCUUCCAGCCAUUCCCGUAAACAUUUCUCUCCCCUCCUCUCUCUCUGCCCUGUUCUCCUCUCGCCAUGCCGCGGAUCCGUCCCUCGGUCUCGCCCACAGUUGCAGCGCAUUUGUGUCCCGGGAUGACCUGUUGAUGUCGGUUAAAGAUGGAGUGCCAAGAUCACCCGCUAUAAACUCCUCCCCGGUUAAAAAAAAAGAAGAAGAAGAAGAAGAAGAAGAAAGAAAAAAUAGUCUGGAAAUUGGAGUUCUGCCCAGUAUCGCUUCUGUGGUUGGCCGAGAUUGCUUAUUAUAAAUAAUUUAAUUGAAGCAAGACAUCAUAAGCGACAUCUUGGACGGGACUAGCUCGUCUCCGAACCGGAUCGGUAGCUGCUCCGCUGUACCGCCGGCAGGAGAAGGACAUCGCUCGGUGCUGCUGGGGAGACCACCGGCCCCCUCGACGGUUUCGAGGAAUUUUUUUUAAUGUCCCCACCUUUUCCCCAGACGACAAAAAGAGAGAAAUAUUUGGCUGCAUUCUUUAAGUGAAGUUGGAGCUGACAUUUAAAAUAAAAGGGAGGGGAGAGAAAAAAAAAGAAGCUAUAUUUUGAAUCCUUUCUCCGCCGCUGCUGCUGCCCCCUCCCGCUGAACACGGCCGGGUCUCUCACACCGGCCCGGGCCAACCGAGCUCUCCUAAAUCCUACCGGGCAUCGAGGCUGGCACACAGCGGGGGCACCGACAGCUUUCUGGCCGCCCCGACUUGCCCUGCUUCCCCGCUGGUAGCAGGACUCAGCCUCCGAGGUGUCCGCCGGCGGGACUCUGCUAGACUUUCACACCCUGUGGUCCUGGGCAGAGCGUUAUGGCUCAGACGCUGCAGAUGGCGAUCCCCAACUUUGGCAACAAUGUCCUGGAGUGUCUGAACGAACAGCGGCUGCAGGGCCUCUAUUGUGACGUCUCCGUGGUCGUCAAGGGGCAUGCCUUUAAGGCUCAUCGUGCAGUUCUGGCAGCCAGCAGCUCCUACUUCCGGGAUCUGUUCAAUGCCGGCGGGAAGAGCUCUGUGGUGGAGCUGCCGCCGGCUGUGCAGCCGCAGAGCUUCCAGCAGAUUCUGGCCUUCUGCUACACGGGGCGCCUCAGCAUGAACAUCGGAGACCAGUUUCUGCUGAUGUACACCGCCGGCUUCCUCCAGAUCCAACAGAUAAUGGAGAAAGGCACAGAGUUUUUCCUCAAGGUCUCUUCCCCAAGCUGUGACUCCCAGGGUCUCCAUGCCGAGGAGACUCCGUCCUCCGAGCCCCAGAGUCCAGUCACCCAGACAGUCGGAGGGGUGGGUGUGGGUGUGGCUGCAGUGCCUGUAGGAAGGCCUGCUUCCUGUCUGACGCCUCUUCCCUUGGUAUCCAAGGUGAAGUCGGAACAAACGGCCACUACGCCUCAGCAAGUCCCUCAGCACCAGCAGGAGGGCUCACCCUACUCUGUGGUCUGCACCCCCGUGGCCAAGCGGCUGUGGGAGGGGGCCAACCGGGAUGGCGGCGGGGGGUCUGGAGGAGGCGGGGGAGGUGGAAUGAGGAAGGCUGCACGCUACUCGUCCUCCUCCUCUUCUUCCUCGUCUUGUAACGCAGCGACGCAGGAUACGUCUGGGCGAGGCCCGGCGACCGGUGUUGCGAUGGGAGCCGGCGUUGGCGGUGCCACUUUAGUGGGAGGAGCUGGACUCAACACUAACCACAGCAGUAACAACAACAACGUCGGCACCCCUGAAGGCACCAGCCCGGGCACGCUCAGCAUGUACACCAGUGACUCACCAAUCAGCUACCACGACGAUGAGGAGGAGGACGAGAUUGCGGACGAGAGCGCCGAAGAGCAGUACAGACAAAUCUGCAACAUGUACACCAUGUACAGCAUGCUGAACGCCGGAGCAGCAGUGGUUGGAGAAAGGGUGGACGCUUUGCCAGACUUGGCCCCCGAUUCGGGAGGCGGGCGUGGAGGCAAAGGGGGGCGGUCCCGGCAGGACCUGGCGUCGCUGCCCGCCGAGCUCAUCAGCCAGAUCGGCAACCGCUGCCACCCGAAGCUCUACGAGGAAGGCGACCCGGCGGAGAAGCUGGAGCUGGUCAGCGGCACCUCCGUCUUCAUUUCGCGUGCCCAGCUCAUGAACUGUCACGUCAGCGCCGGCACCCGCCACAAAGUGCUACUCAGGCGGCUGCUGGCGGCGUUCUUUGACAGGAGCACACUAGCUAACAGCUGUGGAACCGGCAUCCGCUCAUCGACCAAUGACCCCAGCCGGAAGCCGUUGGACAACAGAGUGCUGCAUGCCGUCAAAUUCUACUGCCAGAACUUUGCGCCGAGCUUCAAGGAGAGCGAGAUGAACGCCAUCGCGGCCGACAUGUGCACCAACGCCAGGCGCGUCGUACGGAAGAGCUGGAUCCCCAAGCUCAAACUGCUGAUGGCCGACAGCGACGCAUACUCGGCCUUCCUGGCCGACAGCGUGAAGAUGGAGGCCGACGUGCUUGGGGUAGAGCAGGGCUUCGACCCUACCUCUCUGGAAGCCGUGGCGGCGGCCGGCAAUAACAGCGAAGCGUCUAGCGGGACCAUGUCGGCUGACGCCAUGCCAGGGGCCGGCGGAGACGGCAGCACUUUGUUUUGAGCAAACGAUUACAUGGAGGCAGAUCGGACGGACUCAUUCGUCUGCGGUAAAGAGUCGAGAACAUUGGACCGCCGCGGUCUCCAUGACGGUUGUCACACAACAACCCCCCACCCCCUCUUCCCAGCUGCCAGCUGGUUGGGAAUCUGUUCCUUCUCUCACAAGCUGCGUUUCCAUUGACCAUAUAAUUGCGCAAAUUGGAAUUACAAAAAUUAAUGAGCUAAAUGGAAACACGCCAAUUUUG